UUUUUUGUUCUUGGUUUUAUUAAGCUACCCCUUUUUACAUGAUUCUGCCUGCCUCACGCGUUGGCCUUGGGCCCCCCUGCCAACGCACACUACGACACUUGUUCUUAAUCAUCGGAAAAUGUUUGAUAGAUAAAUAUAAGCCGUUUGGUGACCUUUUGCGCCGCUCUUCUAUUUUGAUAAUCUAAUGCCAAAGCGCCAUUGUAACCCUGACGCAGAACAAUUUUAUUAAGUGCUGCCUUUUAUAUAAAAGACCGUACGGGAUUCAUAAUCACUGGAGUAUGAGAAUGUUUGCGUGAUGGCAAAUUCUUUACAUUUGAGAGGUCUCUCUAGAGAUUCUCAUAUAAUUGUGUAAAGACUGUGAGGAGCUGCGUUCAUUGGCUGGUGCUCGUCUGUUAUCAGUCCGCUGGGUGUGAGAUGGGUUGGGUGGCUCAGCCGGCAGCUCUCCUCCCUCGCUGCUUUUAAAGAUAACAGUGGAGCAACUGCAAAUACUUAAAAAAAAAAGAAAACAGCACAGUUUGUCCAGCUCCUCAAGGAGUCACUUUCUUAUACAAUGACUGACUCAGAAAACGUAGAUAAGACGCUGACAGAUGGAGCGAGCGGUGGUCUUAAAAAGAGCAAAAAGAAGCAGAAGAGAGAAAACGCUUGGAGACCAGAGGGACCCAGAGACCCGUUUGCCAUGCUGGACUCUCUGCCAGAGAAGGAACAGCAGGAAAUCCAGAAAGCCCUUCAUCUCUUCUCUCUGGGCACCAGCCUGCCUAAGACCCUGCAACAGGCCAAGAAACACACCUACCGCUUCUGGGACACACAGCCCGUCCCCAGACUGGAUGACCAUAUUACGACUCAUGGCCCAUUAGAGGAGGCGGAUGUUAUCCAAAACGAGCCCUACCUGCUUCCCCUGGGUUUCUCAUGGGAUGCUCUGGACCUGAGCCGCCCUUCCGUGUUAACAGAGCUGUGUCAUCUGUUAAAUGAGAAUUACACAGAAGAAGAUGACAACACGAUGAGAUUUGACUUUUCUCCAGAGUAUCUACUGUGGGCUUUGCAGCCUCCCAACUGGCUGCACCAGUGGAACCUGGGUGUGAGAGUAGACACCACCAAGAAGUUAGUCGGCUUCGUUGCCGCCGUACCUGCUGAUGUGCGCAUUUACGAGACAAAGAGGAGGUUGGUGCAGGUCAAAUUCCUGUGCGUUCACAAGAAACUGCGCCUCAAGCGGAUGACGCCCGUUCUGAUUCGGGAGCUCAAGCGGCGGGUCAACCAGCAGGGUCUCUGCCAGGCUGUCUACACCGCUGGCACGGUGCUGCCGACACCAAUAAGCUCAUGCAGCCAGUGGCAUCGCCCUUUGAAUCCCCGUAAGCUAAUGGAGAUCAACUUCCCCGGUCUGAAGCAGAACAUGGAUCUGCGGCGAGCCCAGAAGUUUCACCGAUUACCUGAGGUGACAAAGAUAAAGGGUCUGCGUCCUAUGACCAAAGAAGAUGCUUCAGGGAUCCACUCAUUACUGGAGAGAAACCUCUGCAACUUCCACCUCAGCCCCCUCUUAUCUCCACAGGAAGUAGAGCACUGGUUCUUACCAAAGGAGAAUGUGAAUGACACCUACGUGGUUGAGGCAGACGAUGGCACUCUGAGUGACCUGGUGAGUUUCUAUAGCGUCUCCUCCAGAGUGCUAAACCAUCCAGUUCACAGCGGCCUGAGAGCGGCUUGUCUCCUUUAUGUGGUCUGUACUGCCACGGGGGUGGCUGACCUCAUGCAGGACACGCUGGUCCUGGCCAAAUCUAAGGGCUUUGACGUCUUCUGUGCCCUCGAUGUGAUGGAUAACGUGAGUUUUCUGGAAAAGCUCAAGUUCACCAUUAGCAACAAGAGUGUCCAUUACUACCUGUACAACUGGACGUGUCCUCUCAUGAGCCCAGACAAGGUUGGCCUGGUGUUGCCCAACUAACCUGAAGCAUUGAAGAUAAAAGAAUCUGCACCACCACCAGUGCGUUUAGCAUUCAUUACCGUGCUAAAAAGGAAAAAGAUGAGGAAAAGCCCCCCUUUGCCAUAUUCUUCCCAACAGCAGAAGUAGUCAAAAUGUUAUGUUUUUUUACAACGUUUCUUGCCUUAAUGACAGUUAUUCAUUGUGUUCAGUGUUUUCGGGGCGUGCUAAUCUAAUUUCUGACACAAUGGAGUGUUUAAUAACACUCCAUCCAGCUGGAUGGAUGCACCAUUUAGAUGAGUGGUGCCAAACUUGUUGUCAUGUGGGCCAAAAUUGUCAAGUCAAAAGGACUCAUGGGCCAAAAGAAAAGUAAAUAAAUAAAUAAAAACAUUUGAGUAAAACAAAAGAAAUAAAAACUUACAAAAAAAAUUGUAUUGUGAUCUUUUUUCCACCAGCUCAAUUAUGAACUAAGAAUGGAAUAAUUACUUAAAUAGAUAAAGUAUUAUUGAUUUAUUUUUUGUGGGAGAGGGACAUGUAAAUCAUUAUAGAUUUGAAUCGUUAAGAGUUUUGCACGUUUUCAUUAUAAAAAGAAAGGCAUCCAGUAAGCAAAUUAUUUUUGGCUCAAUUGAAAAAAAGAAUAGAAGGAAAUUUACUCUAUGCUCAACAGUGAAAAGAGGAUUUGGGUCACUCUAUCUUUGGAAAUAUUAGUUGUAUUUUGCCAAGUUUAGGAAAUCUAUUGAAGGCAGAUUAGAGCAUAUGGAAGUCUGCUUUUGAGUAAACAUUACCGAACAGUUG